UUCCUCUUUCUUUAUUUAUACUCACACUCGCACGCUUGACUCUUAUUCUGCACCUUCCCCCCUUCCUUCUUCUCUCUAAUUUCAGAAUAGGGUUUUAAAAAUAAUCUGUGUUUACAUAAACUCAUCCAAAGUAGAAAACUCAAAAAUCUAUCUUCUUGAGGUAGGCUCCAGCUCACAGAAGAGGGCAAAACCCUAGCAUAUUUUCACUCAAUUAUGGUGGGGCCAGACAGUUUGCUCAGGCAUCCUAGCUUUCUUGGCUGAAAUCUCGGAAGAAAUGCACCAAUUUUCACCGAAAUAGGUUUUUCGGGUGAUCUUUGUACUAUUUCUAGUCGAGAGAGAAAACGGGAGGAAAUGGAAGGAAAGGAGCACGGGUUGAUGCUGGCAUGUGUAAUUUCGGGGACCCUUUUCUCGGUUCUGGGUUCUGCAUCUUUUGUUAUACUGUGGCUGGUGAACUGGAGGCCAUGGCGGAUUUAUAGUUGGAUCUUUGCUAGAAAAUGGCCAGAAUUUUUACAAGGACCACAGUUGGGAAUGUUAUGUGGUUUUCUCUCUCUCUGUGCUUGGAUGAUUGUAAUUUCACCAGUGGCGGUACUUAUCUUUUGGGGAAGUUGGUUGAUUUUGAUAUUAGGUCAAGACAUAAUUGGUCUAGCUGUCAUAAUGGCUGGAGUUGCUCUUGUUUUGGCAUUCUAUUCGAUUAUGCUUUGGUGGAGAACACAAUGGCAAAGCUCAAGGGCUGUUGCUGUUCUACUUCUUCUGGCUGUUGGAUUGCUUUGUGCAUAUGAACUUUGUGCUGUGUAUGUUACAACUGGUGUAAAAGCAUCAGAGCAAUAUUCACCUUCAGGAUUUUUCUUUGGUGUGUCAGCAAUUGCCCUGGCAAUCAACAUGCUUUUUAUAUGCAGGAUGGUAUUCAAUGGCAGUGGCUUGGAUGUGGAUGAAUACGUGCGAAGGGCAUAUAAAUAUGCUUACUCGGAUUGUAUUGAAGUGGGUCCGGUGGCUUUCUUAACAGAACCACCAGACCCCAACGAGUUAUAUCCUCGUCAAUCUAGAAGGGCUUCACAUCUUGGGCUUCUAUAUCUCGGUUCCAUUGUUGUUCUGCUGGUAUAUUCCAUCUUGUAUGGCCUGACUGCAAAAGAGUCAAAUUGGCUUGGAGCUAUUACAUCGUCUGCUGUUAUUAUUCUUGACUGGAACAUGGGUGCAUGCUUAUAUGGGUAUCAGCUUCUUAGAAAUCGCGUCGCUGCACUUUUUGUUGCUGGCUUAUCUCGGGUUUUCCUCAUAUGCUUUGGAGUUCAUUACUGGUUUAUAGGACAUUGUACCAGUUAUGCAGUUGUAGCUUCUGUGCUACUAGGUGCUGCUGUUUCUCGUCAUUUAUCAAUUACAAACCCAUCAGCUGCCAGAAGAGAUGCAUUGCAUGGUACAGUAAUUCGCCUUAGAGAAGGAUUUCGCAGAAAAGAUCAAAAUAGCUCAUCUAGCUCGUCCGAAGGCUGUGGUUCAAGUGUAAAACGUAGUAGUAGUGCUGAUGCCGGUCACCUUGGUACUGCUACAGCACCUUGCACCGGCGAGGUUACUAGCUGGAAUAAUGUUGAAGGGAUUCACAGCGAUAAGAGCAUAGACGGUGGACGACCAAGUUUAGCAUUACGUAGCAGUUCCUGUCGUUCAGUAGUUCAAGAAACUGAAGUUGGGCCUUCAUAUACUGAUAAGAAUUUUGACCAUAAUAGCUCUUUGGUAGUUUGUUCUAGUAGUGGUAUGGAAAGCCAAGGCGGCGAGUCUUGUGCGUCAACCUCUCUAAAUCAAGCAAUGGACUUGAAUUUAGCACUUGCAUUCCAGGAGAAGUUGACCGAUCCACAGAUUACGUCUAUGUUGAAAAGGAGAUCAAGACGAGGAGAGCUUGAGCUAACCAGUUUACUGCAGGAUAAAGGUCUAGACCCUAAUUUUGCUGUGAUGCUGAAGGAGAAUGGAUUGGAUCCAAGGAUCCUCGCGCUACUGCAGAGAAGUAGUUUGGAUGCUGAUAGAGAUCACCGUGACAAUGCUAAUGCAGACAUCAUCGACUCGAACAGAGUUGACAAUGUGAUGCCUAAUCAGAUUUCAUUUUCAGAAGAACUUAGGCUACGUGGAUUGGAGAAGUGGCUUCGACUGUGUAGACUAAUGUUGCAUCAUAUAGCAGGUACCCCAGAACGUGCAUGGGUUCUCUUCAGUUUUGUCUUUAGCAUUGAGACCACCAUUGUAGCCAUUUUUCGCCCGGAGGCGAUACACCUCAUAGAUGUCACACACCAACAGUUUGAAUUUGGCAUCGCGGUGCUGCUUUUAUCUCCUGUUGUCUGUUCAAUCAUGGCUUUCCUUAGGUCUCUUCAAUCUGAAGAAUUGUCCAUGACUUCAAAACCAAGAAAGGUAUUUUUGACUCUGUUAGAUAGAUGUUUAACAGAUAAAGCUUUUGUCGGUGCAUCUGUUGGUUACUUCUCAUUUCUAUUCCUUUUGGCUGGAAGGGCCUUGACUGUGCUUCUUUCUCCUCCUAUAGUUGUUUAUUCGCCAAGGGUACUGCCUGUCUAUAUUUAUGAUGCUCAUGCAGAUUCUGGGAAAAACGUCAGUGCUGCAUUUCUUAUGCUUUAUGGCGUUGCAUUGGCAACUGAAGGCUGGGGUGUAGUCGCCAGUUUGAAGAUUUAUCCACCCUUUGCUGGUGCUGCUGUAUCUGCAGUUACACUUGUUGUGGCUUUUGGCUUUGCCGUCUCUCGUCCAUGUUUAACUCUCAAGAUGGUGGAAGAUGCUGUUCAUUUCCUAAGUAAGGAAACUAUAAUCCAGGCAAUAGCUCGAUCGGCCACCAAGACGAGAAAUGCAUUAUCUGGAACUUACUCAGCUCCUCAGCGGUCUGCUAGCUCAGCUGCGCUUUUAGUUGGGGAUCCCACUGUUGCACGGGAUAGGGCUGGGAACUUUGUGCUUCCCAGAGCCGAUGUCAUGAAACUAAGAGAUCGUUUGAGAAAUGAAGAACUGACUGCCGGAUCAUUCAUCUCCAGAUUGAGAAGUCGAAGGAUAUUGCGGCAUGAAGCAACCAGUGAUGUAGGUCACAAAAGAGAAAUGUGUGCCCAUGCAAGAAUACUGGCUCUGGAGGAGGCAAUUGAUACUGAAUGGGUUUACAUGUGGGAUAAGUUUGGUGGUUAUUUACUUCUUUUGCUUUCCUUGACUGCCAAAGCAGAACGUGUGCAGGAUGAAGUUCGUUUGAGACUCUUCCUUGACAGCAUAGGUUUUUCAGAUUUAAGUGCCAAAAAAAUAAAAAAGUGGAUGCCUGAGGAUCGUAGGCAAUUUGAACUUAUACAGGAGAGUUACAUAAGAGAGAAGGAGAUAGAAGAGGAAAUUUUGAUGCAGAGACGUGAAGAGGAAGGGAGAGGUAAAGAAAGAAGAAAAGCUCUUCUGGAGAAAGAAGAACGUAAAUGGAAGGAGAUUGAGGCUUCUCUUAUAUCAUCUAUUCCUAAUGCGGGAAGCAGGGAGGCGGCAGCCAUGGCAGCUGCUGUGCGGGCUGUAGGAGGGGAUUCACUGCUUGACGAUUCAUUUGCACGGGAGAGAGUUUCAAGCAUUGCAUAUAGAAUACGUGCAACUCAGUUAUCUGAUAGGGCACUUCAGACUGGCCUUGCUGGUGCUGUAUGUAUUCUUGAUGAUGAACCUACAACGAGCGGCAGGCGCUGCGGACAGAUUGAUCCUGGUUUAUGUCGAAGCCAGAAAGUUAGCUUCUCUAUUUCAGUAAUGAUUCAGCCUGAGUCUGGGCCAGUUUGUCUCUUGGGUACUGAAUUCCAGAAGAAAGUGUGUUGGGAAAUUCUUGUGGCUGGAUCUGAACAAGGCAUUGAAGCUGGACAAGUUGGUCUGCGAUUAAUUACCAAAGGUGAUAGACAGACUACUGUUGCAAAGGAGUGGAGUAUAAGUUCAUCAAGUAUUGCAGAUGGAAGGUGGCAUAUUGUCACAAUGACCAUUGAUGCUGAUUUAGGCGAGGCCACUUGCUUCAUUGAUGGUGGUUAUGAUGGCUAUCAGACUGGGCUUCCACUUAAUGUGGGCAAUGGCAUUUGGGAGCAAGAAACAGAAGUUUGGCUUGGAGUUAGACCACCGACAGAUGUGGAUGCAUUUGGGAGGUCAGAUAGCGAAGGCGCUGAAUCCAAAAUGCACAUAAUGGAUGUUUUCCUUUGGGGAAGGUGCUUGAAUGAAGAUGAGAUUGCUGCUCUUGCUGCUGCUAUGGGUUCUUCGGAUUACAAUACAAUGGAUGUCCUCGAUGAUAAUUGGCAGUGGACAAGUUCUCCUCCAAGGGUUGAGGACUGGGAGAGUGAUCCUGCAGAUGUAGAUCUUUAUGACCGGGAUGAUGUAGAUUGGGACGGGCAAUAUUCAAGUGGGAGGAAGAGAAGAUCAGAUCGUGAAGGGGUCGUGGUAGAUGUGGAUUCUUUUACUAGGAGGUUGAGGAAACCUAGGAUGGAGACACAAGAGGAAAUCAAUCAACGUAUGCGGUCAGUGGAAUUGGCUGUUAAGGAGGCUCUCUUGGCCAGUGGAGAAUCACAAUUUACUGAUCAAGAAUUCCCACCUAAUGAUCGCUCAUUGUUUGUUGAUCCUGAUAAUCCCCCCUCUAAAUUACAGGUCGUUUCCGAGUGGAUGAGGCCUAUUGAAAUGGUCAUGGAAAAGCAUCUGGAUUCUAAUCCAUGCUUAUUUUCAGGAACAGCAAACCCUUCUGAUGUUUGUCAGGGCCGGUUGGGUGAUUGUUGGUUUUUGAGCGCUGUUGCAGUGCUAACUGAGGUUUCACGCAUAUCAGAAGUCAUUAUUACUCCACAAUAUAACGAGGAAGGAAUUUAUACAGUCCGUUUCUGUAUUCAGGGGGAAUGGGUUCCUGUUGUUGUAGAUGACUGGAUUCCAUGUGAAUCACCUGGCAAACCUGCAUUUGCUACCAGCAGGAAGAGGAAUGAAUUAUGGGUCUCUGUAUUAGAAAAGGCAUAUGCUAAGCUUCAUGGCUCAUACGAAGCAUUGGAAGGUGGGCUUGUCCAAGAUGCUCUUGUGGACCUAACUGGUGGUGCAGGUGAGGAGAUCGACAUUAGAAGUGCUCAAGCCCAGAUUGAUCUAGCUAGUGGAAGACUAUGGUCUCAGUUACUACGCUUCAAACAAGAGGGCUUCCUGCUUGGUGCUGGUAGCCCUUCAGGGUCGGAUGUGCACGUUUCUUCCAGUGGAAUUGUGCAAGGGCAUGCUUAUUCAAUAUUACAGGUACGCGAAGUAGAUGGCAAUAAACUUGUUCAGAUCAGAAAUCCAUGGGCAAAUGAGGUCGAGUGGAAUGGCCCUUGGUCUGAUUCAUCACCUGAAUGGACAGAUAGGAUGAAGCACAAGCUCAAGCAUGUCCCACAGGCAAAAGAUGGUAUAUUCUGGAUGUCUUGGCAAGAUUUUCAGAUACAUUUCAGGUCGAUAUAUGUAUGCCGUGUCUACCCACCUGAGAUGCAUUAUUCUGUCCAUAGUCAGUGGAGAGGCUACAGUGCUGGAGGCUGCCAGGACUAUGAUACUUGGCAUCAAAAUCCACAGUUCCGCUUGAGAGCCAUGGGGCCUGAUGCAUCCUUGCCUAUUCACGUGUUCAUUACCUUAACUCAGGGGGUGAGCUUCUCAAGAACAACAGCUGGUUUCAAGAAUUUCCAGUCAAGCCAUGAUUCUCAGAUGUUCUACAUAGGAAUGAGGAUUCUGAAGACCCGUGGACAUCGUGCUGCCUACAAUAUUUACAUGCACGAAUCAGUUGGUGGCACAGAUUAUGUAAAUUCUCGGGAAAUAUCUUGCGAAAUGGUCCUUGAUCCUGAUCCAAAGGGGUAUACAAUAGUGCCAACAACCAUUCAUCCCGGUGAAGAGGCACCCUUUGUUCUCUCUGUAUUCACCAAAGCUUCAAUAGCUCUUGAAGCUUUAUAGUACAGCAACGGCUCAUUUUUCUGGAUAGAUCCUUGCAGUAGUGGGGUUGUGCAAUGACCUUCCUAUGUGCCGGCCGGCCAAAUAAUCCGAAAUGAGGGACAGUCAUUUGCGGAUUGUUCACAAUGUGGUUCUGAUUGCAACUGGAAUCUUGGCUUCGAGGGAAUUAACUGACUGCUCAAGUGUUCGCUUCAUCACGUAAUUUGUCAGAAGCCGAUGGCAUCUCGGUGUCAUUGAUUUAUGGGCAUCCAAGAAUGUGAGUAGAGAAGCUUCUCUUUGCAUUUUGGCAAUUUGAUUGGCCUUUACAGAGGGUUGUUGAGGAUAAAGAAUGUGUACAUUACUACAUGUUGCAAGAAUAUAGGUUGUAAUCUUGUAAAUGAGCAGUAGAAGAAAGGUGUUCAAAGAAAUAGGUAUACCUUGUUAGGAGAUCACAAAAUGGCAAUGUAGCUAGAAAAAAGUUCGAAGUUACAGCUGCAAUUUUGAGGGUAGUUAUCAAUUGUACAAAUUGUUCUCGUCAUUUUUCUUUAAGCAAUCUUAAUGUAUAUUUUCAUUUAUCUAUAUUUUGUAAUACUUUGUU